AUGAGGUCAGGUACACACAAUGGUUCUGGUCCUGACUCAGAGCCUACGAAGGGCCUAAACACCACAAUAACAAUGCUCGAGAGUAUGAUUGAAACAUUGCAUCAUUCCGUCCAAAUAAUCAAGAAGCAGACACAAGAUGUUCCAGAAUUGGCCCGAGUUUUACAAACCAAAGCACUAUUCGACGUCUUGCCGGAAAGAUUGGUGCUACAGCGGCCCCUCAAGAUCAGAAAGAUGGUUAAGCCUAUACUUGAAAAAGACAAUAAAACAUUAGAUGCAUUUAUUUCCAAAUACAAGGUAAAAAAACAAAUUUUACAGCAGCAGAGUAGAAUUUCAAAAUUGAAGUUGGAUUCAUUGGCCAAACAAAGUGGAAUGUAUUUAAAUAAAAAGACUAUGAUAAAUAGUAAGGAAGAGUAA